UUUGCGCUAGUGCAGCCGCAGCUGCGGCCACUCGACUCGUCUAUACGCGAGCUGGUCGGGACGGACCACCCGGUCCUGGCUGCGGCGGCGCACCACUUCUUCGAGCGGGCCGGGAAGCGGUUCCGUCCGACGCUCGUGCUGCUCUCGUCUGCCGCUGCGGCGGGCGGCGAUCCGGCGGACGCUCGGCAGCAGCGCCUAGCGGAGAUCACAGAGAUGAUCCACGCGGCCUCGCUUCUCCACGACGACGUGAUUGACGUCGCCGACACGCGGCGCGGCGCCAAGACGGCGCACCGCAUCUACGGCAACAAGGUCGCGGCCCGCGCCUCGCUGCUGCUGGCGCGGCUGAAGGACGUGCAGGUGGUGGAGCUGCUCGCGACGGUGAUCGAGGAGAUGGUGCAGGGCGAGAUGAUGCAGGUCCGCGCGCUGCCGCAGCAGCUGCUCGAGUUCGAACACUACGUCGACAAGACGUACCGCAAGACGGCGGCGCUCAUGUCCCUCUCGUGCGAGGCGGCCGUGCUGCUGGGAGGGAAGCCGCCGGACCACGCCGAGGCGCUGCGGGCGUACGGGCGGCACCUCGGCAUCGCCUACCAG